CCGGCGCACAAUUGUCCUCAUCCCACCCAAUUCGACCACCCGGUGCUUCUUCUGAGCUGCCUCGGGCGCGCUGCUGCUUGUUGAUCUCGCCAGCUCUUUUGCUUUGGUAGCUCCGGAUCGGAUCGCAUCUCAUCGCAUCGCAUCGCGCUGCGCCGAAACGCUCCUCUUGAACUUGCUCCAGGAGCUCCAGUUUGCCCAAGUCGCUGAAGAGGGCCCGCAGCCGUCGGUAUCAUCCUCGAGAGGCAGUCGAGGAAGCAAGGUCGAGCUUGGAAUAGGAAGAAAAAAAAGGUCGCAGGACAGCUCUGGUCAAAAUGUCGCACCGUGGUCCUUCUGGCUAUGGCAUUGGCGGCCCCAGCGCCUAUCCUGGAGGCGGCGGAAGUGUUGGGGUUUCCGACGAGUCCAACGGAGGCAGCAUCCUGGAUCAGCUGCGGCCGUACACCAGCAAGGUCGAGGAUAUCCUGGACACUGCCAGCGAGCCCAUCAAGCCAUACAUGCCCGCAAUUGGGAGAUUCCUGAUUGUCGUCACCUUCCUCGAGGAUGCGCUCCGAAUCAUCACCCAAUGGAGCGACCAGCUGCUGUAUCUUCACGAUUACCGCCACAUUCCAUCCGGAAUCACCCACCUCUUCCUCCUCUUCAACGUCAUCGCCAUGGUCUCCUGCUCCACUCUCGUCAUCGCCAGAAAGUACUCUGAUUACGCUGUUGGAGGGCUCAUGAGCGUUGUGGUCAUUCAGGCUUUCGGCUACGGCUUGAUCUUCGAUCUCAACUUCUUCCUGCGAAACCUGUCCGUCAUUGGUGGCCUCCUCAUGGUCCUCUCUGACUCUUGGGUCCGCAAGACCAAGGCCUUUGCUGGUCUCCCCACCUUGGACGAGAAGGACAAGAAGAUGUACUUCCAGCUGGCCGGUCGUGUUCUCCUCAUCUUCCUCUUCAUUGGCUUCGUCUUCAGCGGCGAAUGGUCCUUCUGGCGCGUCCUUGUCUGCAUCCUUGGCGCUGGCGCCUGCGUCAUGGUCGUUGUGGGCUUCAAGGCCAAGUACAGCGCUACGCUGCUUGUCGUCAUCCUGAGCGGCUUCAACCUGUUGGUCAACAACUUCUGGACUCUUCACGAGCACCACCCCCACAAGGACUUUGCCAAGUACGACUUCUUCCAGAUCCUUUCCAUCGUCGGUGGUCUGCUUCUCCUGGUCAACAGUGGCCCGGGCCAGUUCAGCAUCGACGAGAAGAAGAAGGUUUACUAAGUCCGACGAAAACAAAAAUAACGGACAAACCCCAGUGUUUGGAUUUGAUGGCACACGAGCAACGCUGCUCUUCUACGAUCUGGAAUUGCAUCACAAAAACUCUUUUGUUGGAGUUGUUUUUUUUUUCUACCCUUUUUUUGGGUUGUAUGGGAUCAAUGGGAAGUGGAUUUGCUGGUAUGAGUCUACAUGACGAAGUAUGGACCAUUUAGGACGCUGCAAGUUAUGCACAUACUACAUGGAGAAAGAAAACAAAAAGAAUUAUCAAUGUCGGGAGUCACGGCGGGAGAAGGGAAUCGGGAAAUACAAGAAAAAAAAUUAUAUUUACUCAAUGC